UGAGAUCACAGCGCUGGUACACAAAUUGAGCAGAAUCUCAGGACCAGGCAUCACUCGCGAGCUUCAUAGCUACGAUCAUCUUGCUGCGCUCGCCACUUCUACAGCGACUGAAGAUACAUGAAUGCACCAGCUCACCUAUUUCACAUGCCAUCGAUAUGCUCCCUGCCACCCGCUCUAUUUCCCGCCUCGGAGACAACCAACACAGAAUCCGCGGCACCCGCCCAUCCAUCAUCCUCCCCUCUAAUCCUUUCUCUUCUUGGCCAAUAUUUCAUGGACACAGCUUGGUGACUCCAAACCAUUCCCACUAAAAAUACCAGUAAGCGCACCUCUCGAUUUUCACUCUCAACUUCCGAUCCAAUAUGCGCAUUUCGUCAAGGUUCUUUAGGAUACAUUGCGGAAUACGUGACUGGAACAUCAGAGGAGCCAGCCGACUUGUACAUUCGCUUCUCCGAUCGCUUCUAGGCCCAGCUUGGGUGGCUGUCGGAACUGUCACUUCCAGCAUGCCCAAUCAGAGAAUCUUCAUCAUCGCUCGGUUCGGGCACCGGCCGUGGAAUCCUGCCCCUCCUUCCUCCCCUGCCUCUGCCUCUGCCUCUUCCGCCUCUUCUCCCUCGGCCCGGCCUAACAGCGCCCCCAAUACUGCUAUCCGAGUCGCUGUCACUAGACGGCCCAAAUCCUCCAUACCCUCCAUACAGAAGUGCAUUGACUCUGCUCAAGAUAACUCCCAUGGAGCGCGGAGAGUUGUGCCCAGUGUAGUCUUGAUCGAGACACAUCUCGAUUUCCAUUGCCAUCAUUUCAAGCGUGUAGGGUGGGUAGCUUGACAGUUCCCUCAUCGACAUAGGGUGGCGGUGGGCCCAGAUGGUGCACACGACUGGGCUAAUCGGUAUUAUUGGGAUUAUUGGCAUUUCCAAGGAUUGAGGGUUUGGAAGUUGGCGUUCGUGUUACUGUUAACGUUUUUGAACGUUGAUAGUAUUUUUAUUUUGAAUGGGAAAACGGAGGUUGCCAGUAGUUUGAAGACUUAUAUACAUUGGUAGAUUAUCUGUUGCUGAGGUGUUCGGGGUGAAUAUGGAGCAUGGGAAUGCUGUAUUUAGUGCCACGAACGCGCUUUACGUGUGC